GUGGUAUGAGGACAUGUAGCAUACGAGGACUGUUUUGUAGUCCUCAUAUAAGCCUUGGUUUCAAAGCCAUUUUCUAAUAUGUUCUGCACUAAAAAAGUUUCUUUUCUUGAUACAGCCAGAUACAUUUUUCCAUCCAGAUCAGCUACAUAACCUACAAAACGUGUUUUGUAAUGUUUUAAGAUGUGAAAAUUCACUUUUAAAAAUGGUCUUCAUAAACUGAAAUCAGACUUCUGGUGUAUUUCUGGUGUGUCGAAGGCCACCCUAUCGACGCUUUGCAGGUACUGCAAGGGCACACACCAGCGCGCGUAGUGUGUCGAAUUGGCGGGUAGUGUGUCGAAUUGGCGGGUAGUGUGUGGAAUAUGGCGCGUAGUGUAUGGAAUGUGGCGCGUAGUGUAUAGAAUUUGUGCCCGAUCACUGACACACGCAUGCGCCAUGGAACACUUGUGGAUCGAAGUUGCACGCUGCAACGAACUUGCAGCAUUCAUGUAGAAGCAUCUGGGACAUCAUGCAUCAUGAUCAUGAGGACGCGACAAAAUCAACCUUGCCCAGAUCCUGAACCUGUCUCUGCACGAGGCGGAGCAGCAGCGCGUGCGCGAGGCCGCUGCGGAGCGGCAGCGGGAGGCGGAGGGCCGGGAGCGUCUGCGGGCGCUCAACGCCGCGCAGGAGGAGGUACUGCAGCUCCACCAGCUGCUGGAGCCCGCCAACGCCUUCAACCACGCCACCAUCAUCACCCGCGGCAACCAGCUCUGCGCACAGGUCUCUGCUGUGUUGUGCACCACAGAUAUGUACAGUGUGGGAUAUUGACCUUCUGUGGAAUUAAAAUCCUGAACCUGUCUCUGCACGAGGCGGAGCAGCAGCGCGUGCGCGAGGCCGCUGCGGAGCGGCAGCGGGAGGUGGAGGGCCGGGAGCGUCUGCGGGCGCUCAACGCCGCGCAGGAGGAGGUACUGCAGCUCCACCAGCUGCUGGAGCCCGCCAACGCCUUCAACCACGCCACCAUCAUCACCCGUGGCAACCAGCUCUGCGCACAGGUCUCCGCUGUGUUAUACGCCACAGAAGAGAUGAGACCUUGACAGUGGAUUUGCCAACCUCCCAGGCACACCAGGGUACAACCUCACUCUCUGGUGUAGACUUGCCUGAGUUUAUCUGACUCUGCUCCACACGAAAAGAGAGGAAGACGGCAACCAAGCAACUUCCAAGCCUGAGAAGGCAAGUGAAAGCUCCACCAGAAAACGUUCCAGUCCACAAGAGCAAGUGUCAUCUAAGAGCGAACUGUCAGCAGUCACCGGGGCCGGAGGCAGCGACUGUAUCCUUUCCAUUGUGCCGGUGCGCAUCAAAUCCAAGAAGAGCAACAACACCAUCGAAACGCAUGCGUUCAUGGACUCAGGAAGUGCAGCGACGUUUUGCUCCGAAAGAUUGAUGAGGCGACUUGGUGUAACGACCCUUGGCUGGGUUGUCGCAGGCCUUCUGAAGAAAGACAGUGACCACAAACCAAGUCACGUCAGUCAUUGUGCUUCGGUCAACAGAGUGUCAGUCAGAUGACUACAGGACUAGUUUCAUGGGAGUACCUUGGGUAAAGUAAUAAUUAAUAAUUAAUAGGGGUGGGAAUAGACUAUUUUGUUUAAUCUAGAUUAAUCUCACUGUAAUAAUGAAAUGAAUGUAGAUUAAUCUAUAUCAAAAUGGCUCAUUCAGAAUAGGCACGCUAGCUAAAUAAUGCCGAAAAAAAGCCUAGGGGGUUUCUUAAGAUGGCGCAUUAGACCAGAGCUCAUCUCUUUUUUCCAAAAUGCAUCUCAUCAUCAAAAAAAUGUUUGAUAUUUGGUGAUGAAAAAAAAUCACUGCAGUAUUGUGUGUUUUGAAUAUGUUAGGAAGCAUUUAGAGUCAUAAUAUACUGACAUUUCAAAAUGAACAGUGCUAUAAAUUGUAAAGGCAAAUACAGAUAAAUCUCAAACGUUUAGACUAUUUAAACAAAAUGACUUCAACAAUUCAGCAUUUCUAAUGGGCAGAGAGAGAGAGAGAGACAGAGAGAGAGAGUUAGCUGUAAAGCAUUCCCGGUAACCUGAAAUGGGUAUUCCUGGUAACCUGAGGUUACCGGGAAUACCUAAUUGCCAUCGGGUAGGUAUUCCUGGUAACCCAAAUAGGUAUUCCGGUAACCUGAUAGGUAUUCCCGGUAACAUAGACAGCAAUAGGUAUUCCCGUACCUGGAGUCAAUUUUUAAAAAGUAUAUAAAACACUUCUAAUGCUAUGUUCCACCCUUCUAAAUGUCAAUUACGCGUCAAUGUCAUAUCUAACCAGGCAUCACACGCAGACUAAUGCCUCUUUUCCACUGCCGGUUUUGUGGUAGGCCUACAGCUCGACACAGCGCGACUCAGCCAACACUUUUUGCUUUGCGAUUGAGUUGUGUCAUGACUAUUUUAAAAGUAAAAAAUGGUGGCCGAGUCACGCUGUAUCGAACUGUGGGCCUACCAAAAACCGGUAGUGGAAAAGAGGCAUCACUGACCUCAAAGCCAAUAUGUUUUGUGUGGAAACUCGCGUAUCCUUACAUCUAAAGCUGUACAUUUUCUGAAAGCUCUUGGUGUGUAGAUUCUCUUUAAUGUAGUCAAAGCCAUGGUCCACCCUUCUACAUAUCAUUUACGCGUCAAUGUCUUUGCUAACCAGGCUUUGCAUGCAGACUAACUGACCUCAAAGCCAAUAUGUUUUAGGUGGCAACUCAAGUAUCCCUACAUGUAGGUACCUAAAACUAUACAUUUUCUGAAAGCUCUUGGUGUAUAGAUUCCCUUUAAUGUAGCCAAAGCCAUGUUAACCCCUCUACAUGUCAAUUACGCGUCAAUGUCAUACCUAACCAGACGUCGAACGCAGACUAACUGACCUCAAAGCCAAUAUGUUUUAGGUGGAAACUCAAGUAUCCUUACAUCUAGGUACCUAAAACUAUACAUUUUCUGAAAGCUCUUGGUGUGUAGAUUCCAUUUAAUGUAGUCAAAGCCAUGUU